AUGGAGGCUCCGGUUAAUAAAGAGGAAUCAAAGCCUAUCCCUGCAUAUUACUGCUGUUACCUCCUCCGCUCAACUGUCCGACAUGCUUCCCUCUAUAUCGGGUCAACGCCGAAUCCAGUCAGACGGCUCGCACAACACAAUGGAGAUGCCAAGGGUGGUGCCAAGCGUACUGCAAAAGACAAACUAAGACCAUGGGAAAUGACCCUUGUCGUCGAGGGAUUUAUGAGUCGGAUUGGAGCUCUUCAGUUUGAAUGGGCCUGGCAACAUCCAGAUAGGUCGCGACACUUUGGUCUAGAGGACGAUACUGACCCUAAACCCGACUCAAAAGCGGCCAAGGCGAAGUCGCGCGGUCGCUCGAGGCGAUCAUUGAAAGCUCAUCUGGAGGACGUGCAUUCAUUGCUCCGAUCAACACUCUUUAACAGCUGGCCCCUCCGAGUACGUUUCUUCUCUACGGAUGUUUACCGCGUGUGGAAGCUUUGGAAUGAACGCGUGCAUGCUUCCAUUCCACUAAGUAAGAUUAUUCUCGACGGAGACUGUAUUGAGCAAGGCGAAGAUGAUCUCGCCGUUGGCAGCAUCCAAAAUAUAUGCGUGGACUACUCUAAGAUCGAAAUUUACCUUGAAAAGUCGAUGUUUCUUCUGGAGGACGCAGAGGAUCUACAUUGCCAAACAUGCAUGGGACCUAUCAAACCCUCGUCUGAACACAUAGUGGUCUGUCCGAAGACAUCAUGUCGUGGCACAAAUCAUCUUAGGUGCUUAUCUACCAAAUUCCUCGAAGCUUCGGACCAAAUAGAGCUUCCCAUUCCAACACGGGGGGUCUGUCCAGCGUGCAAAGAGGUCGUGUCAUGGCCACUAAUGAUGCGGGAACUAUGUCUUCGCAUUAGAGAUGAAAAGGAGGUCCAGGCAAUUUUGCGAAAGAAAGAAAGGCGGGACCGCAAAAACAUUAGCAAAAGUCCGAAGAAGGCCACGCGUUUACGAGACUCUUAUAUUGAGUCUGUGAGUGCAAGCCAGUCUCAACUGCCAGAUUUGCCGCCUAUGCUGGCCCGAGAUGAUCCUCUGUUGGACGAUGACUGGAUGGAAACGAUAAAUCUAGAAUCGGAUACGGACUAUGGAGGCCGCCAAAGUUCACCUCCUCCAUCAACAAGACUGGAGAUCGUUAUCGAAGACAGUCAAUCUGAAAAUUCCGACCUGGGAUGA